GGCCUCCGGGAGGGGCGGGCGGGACUGACCUAGCCGCCCGGCUCCCCUGCCAUCCGCGUCUGUGCCGUCCCUGGGGCCUGGUCAAUGUCCCGGGCGGCGGCGGCAUGCGGCUCCUGUUCCUGGCGGUGCUGCGGCCGCACACCGGGAACGCGGUCACGGCCCAGCGCGUCCGGGCCCAUCUAGAGGCUGCAGGGCACGUGUGCCUUCUGAGAGAUGCCUUUGACUUUGAAAGCCCAUCUGAGAUUGCAAACCUCAUCUUGGCUGAGAACUGUGAGGCUGCCCUGGCUCUUCAUCUCUAUAGGGGAGGCCGCCUUUUGCAAGGCCACCGAAUCCCUUUUGGAAUCAUCUUUGGUGGAACUGAUGUAAAUGAAGAUGCCAACCAGAAGGAAAAAAACACAGUGAUGAGAAGAGUUCUCGAGGAAGCCAGAUUUGCUGUCGCUUUCACAGAGUCAAUGAAGGAAAUGGCACAAGCGCAGUGGCCGCAUGCUAAGGGUAAGAUCUACGUCCAGAGUCAAGGAAUUGCAACAACACCAAACGCCGCCUUUAACUGGAAUACCUUUCUUCAACGUUCAGAGAUUAACCAAAGUGCUGACAAUUUGCACAUAUUUCUUCUGAUAUGUGGACUUCGACAAGUGAAGGACCCUCUCUACCUGGUGGGCGCGUUUUCAGAAUGGCACCAGGAGGAGCCCAAUGUGUACCUGGUGAUUGUGGGGCCUGAAGUCGAUCCAGUGUUUACAAGGGAAGUAAAAGCCAAAGUGAAAAGGGCCGCUGGGGUACGACUGAUUGCAGAGAUGCCUCAAGGAGAUCUGCACGCCGUGGUGAAGAACUGCUUCGCGGUGGUGAACAGCUCUGUCUCUGAAGGCAUGUCAGCUGCAAUUUUGGAGGCGAUGGAUUUAGAAGUUCCGGUGUUGGCCAGAAACAUCCCCGGGAAUGCUGCCGUGGUGAAGCAUGAAGUCACAGGGCUACUGUUUUCCACUCCUCAGGAGUUUGUUCAUCUGGCAAAGAGACUGGUCAGUGAUCCUGCAUUAGAAAAGGAAAUUGUAACGAACGGAAAGGUGUACGUGAGAAUGUAUCAUUCAUGGCAGGUGGAAAGAGACACCUACCAGCAGCUCAUCAGGAAGCUGGAAGGCUGCAGUGAGGACUGAGGACGGGCCUCAUCGGACACCUGCUCUCCGACACAUGGCUCUGGGUGGACACUCAGAGUCUGGGUCACGUGGGUCCAGUCCAGUUCAAAUCAAACCAACCUUAGCAGAAUCCUAGAAAACGUUGGUCGUGAGUCCGCAGAGACACUGCGUUCAUCCCGUAUCUUUCUGUGGUUCAGAUGCUGACCCAGGCGGGUUCACCCGCCGGUCCUGCAGGAGGUGCGACUGGGACAGGGAAAGGGAAACUGGUUUCCAGGGAAUUUGGGAGAGAAUUUGGUUACCUGCUCUAGGGCUUUGGUGCAGACAAGAGAGGCUUAUUUUCAGGCAGUCAUGGUUCAGGCCCCUCACCUGCCUCCUGACCGACCUGUCCCCGUCAUGGCUGGUUUCAAAGGCAAAAGCAAAAAGCAGACGUGUGAGCCAGGCCGAGUCCUAGCAGCGUUUCUGUUGUGAUCUCAACUCUGACAGGCAUGCGGGUGGCCCCAGUCUUCUCUGAACACUAGAAAGUGCUGCGAGUGAGUUCACGCCCGGCACAUGUCACUUUUCAAGGGUGGAAUUACAAGUUGUGCCUUUUAGAAAGGCGGCCAGGCUGCUCAUAGGCCCCACCCACCUCUUGGCAGAAUUUGAGUGGAAAACCAGGUAGAAGCAAACGCCAUGUCCCCCGUAGCCUGCAGAAUGCUCCAGUGAGCCUGAGAUGGAGGCCUGGGGCUUCUGGUUCUGGGGUGGGCCCUUCCCCUUCCCACAUCAGGGACCCGGGGAUGGGGGUCGGAAGGGUCACCAGCCUCCAGCCCUUGGCAGGACAGAACUCAGGGCUGCAGGGCUUUGCAGCCACCCAGCGAGGUCCUCCCGGGGCCAGCCCCGCCGUCAUGGUAAUGGAGACCUCUCCCUGUCCAUGUCAUCUGCGUCACAUCAGGACAUGCAGUCUUUCCUGUCCU